AUGUACAGCCUCCGACGCACAGCAGCAACCGCAAGUCCUAUCCUCAGGCAAGCAACACGUACCUACGCCGCACAGGCAAAUGUUCAACCUCCCAUCCAACUCUUCGGCGUCGAUGGCACCUAUGCAACGGCCCUCUACACUGCUUCUGCAAAACAAGGCUCUCUCGACUCCGUGACAGCUGCUCUCCAGAAGCUCACGACGACUUUGCAGUCUGACAAGAAGGUGGCAAUGCUGAUUGGCAAUCCUACACUCUCGCAGCAGGAUAAGAAGAUCAUUGUUGAGGUCUUGUCGAAAGCGGCAGGUGGUGAUAAGGCAGUGGGGAACUUGCUGAGUGUCAUGGCAGACAACAACCGGCUUGGUAUGUUGCCUCAGAUUGCAGAAGCCUACAAUCAGUUGAUUUCUGCUGGAAAAGGUGAAGUGGAAGUGACCAUCACGUCGGCUGCUCAACUCGACAGCAAGGUCAUCAAGCAGCUCGAAACCUCCAUUGGCAAGUCCAAGUUUGCGGGACAGGGCAAGAAGCUCAAGGUGCAGAACAAGGUCAAGCCAGAGAUCCUCGGCGGCUUGGUGGUGGAGAUUGGAGACCGUACCAUUGACUUGUCUGUGCAAAACAAGAUUACAAAACUCAACAAGAUGUUGACGGAUGCUAUUUAG